GCAACAAGCAGUUGAAGGAGCAGAUCCCUGAAGGGCACACCCUCAAGGAUACCAUCACCAGUGCUCAGUUCUAUCAGGCUAUGGGGCGUAUGGAUGAGGCCAUAUACUCGGAGAACGUCCUUGCCCUCUUCCAGGCUUUAGAGUUGGAUGCUUCCCUACUGGACUCCCACGCUGACCCCUUUGAAAGCCUUUGUGAAGCUCUGGAGAAGAAGUAUAGGAAGGAGGGGUCCUCUCAGCCUUCUGAUACUGCCCAGAAGGCCGAUGAAGAUAUGCCAAGUGCUGAUUAA